AUGUAUAAUAUAAACCCUCCACAGGCCCCUAAAAGCAUUAGGAAAAUUACACAUUUCUGUAUCAACAACAGUCGACUGCUCAUAAAGAACAUGUCACGCGAGGAAAAUGUGUACAUGGCCAAGCUAGCUGAACAGGCUGAGCGGUAUGAGGAGAUGGUUGAAUUUAUGGAGAAGGUCACAAAGAGCGCUGAGACUGAGGAGCUGACUCUGGAGGAACGAAAUCUCCUGUCUGUUGCCUACAAGAAUGUGAUUGGUGCUAGAAGGGCUUCGUGGAGAAUCAUCUCAUCCAUUGAGCAGAAGGAAGAGAGCCGUGGGAAUGAGGAUCAUGUCAAGGUUAUUAAGGAAUACAGGGCUAAGAUUGAGGCUGAACUUAGCAAGAUCAGUGGUGGGAUUUUGAGCCUCCUAGAUUCCCAUCUCAUUACCUCAGCCUCCACUGCAGAGUCCAAGGUGUUUUAUUUGAAGAUGAAGGGUGAUUACCAUCGGUAUUUGGCAGAGUUUAAGACUGGAGCUGAGAGGACUGAAGCUGCCGAGAGUACUUUGUCAGCUUACAAGUCUGCUCAUGAUAUUGCAUUAGCUGAAUUGGCUCCCACACACCCGAUCAGGCUUGGGCUUGCACUUAACUUCUCUGUUUUCUAUUACGAAAUCCUCAGCUCACCCGAUCGCGCUUGCAACCUUGCCAAGCAGGCUUUUGAUGAAGCCAUAUCUGAGCUAGAUACGUUGGGCGAGGAAUCAUACAAGGACAGUACAUUGAUCAUGCAACUUCUCCGAGACAAUCUGACUCUUUGGACUUCCGAUGCAGCGGACGAUGCCGGGGACGAGAUCAAGGAAUCUUCAAAACAUGACUCGGGCGAGAAUCAGCAUUGA